AUGCCAUUCACUUGCUCGGACCCUUGCAAGAUCAUUCUUGCAAUCCUGCUCCCUCCUCUUGGCGUAUUCAUGGAGCGAGGAUGUGGAGGUGAUUUUUGGAUCAAUCUACUUCUCACAUGUCUAUUCUUUAUUCCAGGUCUCAUUCAUGCCAUAUAUAUCAUUUUCAAGUACUAG